ACCAAGAAACUGAAUUAUACGAACCAGUCAAGCCGUGAUUUUCACGGCUUACGUAGCCCUUUAAAGGUUUCUUUUCAAUUUACAAACCCUUUUGGACUCUUUGAGUAGAGUGUAGAUAGCAGAAUGAGUGACUCCAGAAAGAAUUUACUUCUAUUCUUCGACCGACCAACGGAGCCAUGCUUCAUGCAGAAGGGAGAAGAGAAAGCUGUUUUCGAUAUCCCUGAUCAUUUUUAUCCUGAAAAAUACAAGGAGUUGAGCAGCACGCUGUCAAGUAGAUUCGGGAAUGAUGCUCGCCGUAAUAUCCCUGUGCGGAACAUCGCCUUGCCCAAUCUAGACCUACCUAUGCAGCUAGGUUACGACGAACAAUUCUCCCUAUUUGUGCCUAAGCAUCGUCAGAUGGCGGGCAAGCUGAUUGACAUCUUCCUCGGAAUGCGCAACGUAGACGACUUGAUAUCUGUCUGCACUUUUUGUCAGCUACGAAUUAACCCUUACAUGUUCAACUAUUGCCUCUCUGUUGCCCUAUUGCACAGACCGGAUACAAAGGGAUUGAAUAUCCCGACCAUUACUGAGACGUUCCCGGAUAAGUUCAUGGAUCCCAAAGUGUUCCGUCGCGCGCGUGAGGUCUCUACCGUCGUCACUUCUGGCCCCAGGUUGCCGGUUGUGUUACCACAAAACUACACGGCAUCUGAUGCAGAGCCGGAACAGCGCUUGGCAUAUUUCCGCGAAGAUAUUGGCAUCAACCUGCACCAUUGGCACUGGCAUCUCGUGUAUCCGUUCGAAUCGGCGGACCGCGCUAUCGUUGCCAAGGACAGACGCGGAGAACUACUCUACUACAUGCAUCAGCAGAUCAUUGCCAGAUACAACAUCGAACGUUUUUGUAACAAGCUGCCUCGUGUAGUACCUUUUGGUUCAGAUUUAAGAGAGCGUAUCGCCGAGGCCUACUUCCCCAAACUCGACUCACAAGUCGCUAGCAGAGCUUGGCCUCCAAGGUUCGAAGGUUCGGCAAUUCAAGAUCUCGACAGACCUGUGGAUCAAAUCAAAAUUGACGUGUCAGAGAUGGAAACAUGGAAGGCGCGUAUUCUUGAAGCCAUUGAGAGCAAUUCUAUUCUUUUACCGAAUGGACGUCAAAUGCCACUUGACGAAGAGAAGGGCAUUGAUAUUCUGGGAGAUCUGAUGGAGGCGUCAAUACUUAGCCCAAAUCGCAACUACUACGGCGACUUGCACAACAUGGGCCAUAUCUUCACGUCAUAUGCUCAUGAUCCGGAUCAUCGUAACUUGGAACAAUUCGGUGUGAUGGGAGAUCCGGCUACCACAAUGCGUGAUCCCCUAUUCUACCGCUGGCAUUGCUUCGUUGACGACGUUUUCGUCUUGCACAAGAACAAAUUGCCUCCUUACGGCAAUGACAAGUUGGACUUCCCGGGUAUUCGCGUGUCGUCUGUAUCCGUUGAAGGCAAAGCUGGAAGAAACACAUUCGCGACUCAGUGGGAGCAGAGUACGUUGGAGUUGGGACGUGGGUUGGACUUUACGCCUCGUGGCAGCGUGUUGGCACGCUUUACUCAUCUACAACACGAAGAAUUCAAUUAUGUUAUCGAAGUCGAUAACUCAUCAGGACAAGCUGCUAUGGGAACUGUGCGUAUAUUUAUGGCUCCAAUUACUGAUGAAGCAGGAAACAGGUUCUCCUUCAAUGAACAGAGGAAACUCAUGAUCGAAUUGGACAAAUUCUCGCAAGGCUUACGUCCAGGGAAGAAUACCAUCCGUCGUCGCAGUGUGGACUCCUCUGUGACAAUACCGUACGAGCGUACCUUCAUGAACCAGAACAACAGACCUGGUGAUCCUGGCUCUGCGGAGGCAGCAGAAUUCGACUUCUGCGGCUGCGGCUGGCCACACCACAUGCUACUACCUAAAGGCACCAACAAUGGAUAUCCGAUGCAACUCUUCGUUAUGGUGUCCAACUGGGCUGAGGAUGGUAUUAAACAAGAUCUUGUUGGAUCCUGUAACGAUGCUGCAUCCUACUGCGGAAUCCGAGACCGCAAGUACCCUGACAAGCGCGCUAUGGGCUUCCCGUUCGACAGACCUGUGGCUGCAGGAGUGCAAACUGUCAACGACUUCUUGAGACCUAACAUGGCGGUCACUGAUUGCAAGAUACGCUUCACUGAUGCCGUCAGAGUCAGAGGUGGACAGUAAUGACAUUGAUGCUACACUAAAUGGAAAUGGCAACGGAAAAUGAAUAUACGUAUUUAAUAAAGUAGAUAAAAUGGGUCAAUUUAUUUAUGUAAAGCUCUGUAAAUAUUUGUACAUAGUUUAUUAUUUUAUAAUUCAUAAGACUGAAUAAAUCUAAUCUUUCAAUAA